ACAUAACAAGCUACUCGAGCUGGCCUGUAGGUGGGUGUGUUGAACAGAAGGAAGCACUGGGAAUGAAUCUGUCAGCCAGUCUUACAGCUAAUUAGCUCAGCCUACAACAAAGAUAAGCAAGCCAGGGAGGAGGACCCCCUAAGGGUCUUUACAUUCUGGCCUAUGUCUGAUUGGCAGAUGUUAAAAGAGAUUUCUUAGCAAUCCGCUGCAUCAAUGAGCUGUACCAAUUCGGUGGAGAAGUGGAGUAAGUCAGGCAUGAGGACAGUUUGUACAGGCAGCUUGAAGGACUCACAAGAAAAAUGGACAGGACAUUGGACUCUUUGCAGCUGCUAGUGACUCAGGUGCUGCCCCAGAGUGACCCAACCAUAAUAUUCAAGGACUUGAAUGUAGUGGCAUUGCUUCAAGAAUUCUGGGAAAACAAAGAAAAAAGAAGAGCAGUUUUCCCCAGCGAAAGUCUGGUGGCUUAUGAAUCUGUUCCCUCCCCAGACCCUCCAUUUGUGUGCUACGUGACUCUGCCUGGUGGGAGCUGCUUUGGUAACUUCCAGUGCUGUUUAAGUAGAGCAGAAGCACGGAGAGAUGCAGCUAAAGUGGCUCUACUCAAUUCUCUCUUCAAUGAGUUGCCCUCUCGAAGGAUUACUACAGAUUUCAUCAUGAAAAGCGUGCAAGAGGCUGUCUCCUCCACCAGUGGAAAUAUACUUGAUGCAGAUGAUCCAAGCACAAGUGUUGGGGCAUACCAUUAUAUGCUUGAGACUAACGUUGGAAAAACCAUGCUGGAAUUUCAGGAACUUAUGAUAGUCUUUCAACUUCUGCACUGGAAUGGAAGCCUUAAAGCCCUCAGAGAAACAAAGUGCUCCCGCCAGGAAGUCAUUGCCUACUACUCCCAAUAUUCCCUAGAUGAGCGAAUGCGAAGUCACAUGGCACUCGACUGGAUAAUGAAGGAAGAAGAGGCGCCAGGGAUCAUAUCUCAAGAGCUUCAGCUGGCUCUGCGGGAACUCGAGGAAUCCAGGAAAGCAGGGCGAGAGCUGCGGUUCUACAAAGAAAAGAAGGAAAUCUUGGGCUUAGCCCUUAGCCAUAUCUAUGGUGACUGCAUUACAUCCUCCAGAAUCCCUGAUCAAAUGGACCUUACGUUAAAUGGUUAUCACUAGUAAAUGUGUUUCUUUCAUAUAAGGCUGGAGGAACAGAGACUAGAAACGUGUUCUGCAAAUGCUUAUCCAUAAGGCCACCCAGCUUAAACAAUAAGGGAUCACUUUUAGACAUUUCUCUUUGAACUAUACAUUUCAAAGCAUGUUCUGUUUAGCUAACAAAUGCUUUAUAGCUCUGCAGCGUAAACUUG